UCUGCUCUGCAGGGGGGCUCACAAGCCCUGGGAAAUCCUGGCAUCAUUCCCCAAAGGCCACGAAGUGAUCAUGGAGCAUCUCCUGCAGAGGUUGACUGCGCGCCGGGGGUCCUGGGCCCAGCAGCCUGGCAAUGGAGUGGAGAUCUCCCCUCUGAUUGCCACCAGGGCCCUCCGUGAGCUGCUGCUGGAGCCCAGCCAGAGGGUGGAGGCGCACGCCUUCUUCUCCCCGCUGUUCGUGGCCCUGCUGCUGCAGGCCUCCUCCCUCCUGGGGGCAGGGGCCGCGGAGGCCUUCUGGGGCCAGCAGCACCUGGCCGACUGGACGGACCCUGUCAGCUGCACCGUGGAGGCCCUGAGAACCUUGAUGACAAGCGCAGGCUAUGGUGACCAUGUGUCUUACGUUGAGAAGCUGGGGGGCUGGGAGCUGCUCACCAGCCCGGAGAGACACCUUGAGGGGGUGGCCCUGCUGGCCAGGGCCAUGGUCACCAAGAACUGCUGGCACAGCCGCCCCGUCUUCGGCCUUGUAGUUGGGAUCCUCCAGGACCUGGACCACGAGAAUCACCUGACGGCGCUCACGUUCAUGACCGAGCUCCUACAGUGCCCGGACGUGGCGGCCAUGGUGGACAAGGUCACGCUCCGCAUCCUGGCGAGCUGGCUCCAGUGCGAGGAGCCGGCCGCAGUGAAGCUGCUGCUGCAGGCGGUGGAGGUCUUCGUGAAGCACGGGAACAUGGGGAAGCAGCUCCGCGCCCUGCAGCCCUAUGUGCUGAACUGCUGCUACUCUGCGGACGGCGGCGUCGUGGCCGAGACCUUCCAGGUGCUCAGGUACCUGGUGGAGCACCUCACCUGGCAGGACUCCUCCUCCUUCCUGAUCCAGCUCGCCUUCACGCUCGGGCCCUUCCUGGAGGAGGAGUCAGAACACCUGCGCUUGGAGGCCUUCGAGGUCUACGGGGCUGUCCUGGCCAAGGUCCGCCGGAGAGUCCUUGUCUUCCCCUUGAAGCACCAGGUCCUCAGCUUGCUGGUCCUCCUCGUGCUCCACCUGGAGGAUGUGAGCGUCCCCGUGGCUCAGAUCUCCCGGCCCGCCCUCUGCCACACGGCCACCAUACUGGGCUGGUGGAAGCUCAGAGUGAUCUUUGCCGAGAAGGACGUUUGGACGAUCCUCAGAGCGCUGGCCAGAUCAUCCAGACCCUGAGCACGGAAGAGGCCCGCGAGGCCGAGGACGCGUAUAGCG